AUUUUUAUGUAAUUUCUUUAAUAUUGUAUUAUUUACAAGUACAGUUUUUUAUAAUAUAUUAACAAGAAAUCCAUUUGUAAAUGGAAAUGUUUUUAAUCAUAAACUAAGACGCUACAGAGUGACGAGAUAAACUUAUACUAUAUAUAGUAUAAUGGUCAAUAUACAAAUAUAUUUGAAGGCAUUGUUGAUCAGUGAGAAUGAAGUUCUUAAGAGAGUCAUGUUAUUUCACUCUUAUGAUUUUAUUCCUCAUCUGACUAGGUUAUGUGUUGUUUCCUUGAAUCUGGGGAGUUGUUUAGUUGUGUAUUUUAUAUGUGUAAACAUCAGUGCUUUAGGAAGGGUUAUGAGUAUACAAAAUCAAUCAAAAUGUUAAAAUCAGAGGGAGAAACAAGGUUGUACUGGUUAGAGGAAAUGUCGAUAGUGGGGUGGGAUAGAGAGAGAGAAAUUCAGGAAAAUACAUAUAGGUUUCCGUAUUUUCCCUGAUGCAACCUGUGUCAUUAUAACACUCACUCGUUGUGCUUGUGCUCACCGUUUAUGUCAGCCGCUGAGGGGGAAGGGUGUGGGUGGAGUUAUGGCCGUCCUCUCCUCCGCCUGGCUGUACGCUCUCUUAGACACACAGUCACCUGGGAGGAGAGAGAUACGAAGAGAGAGUCACUGAGUACAAGGGAGAGAGAGGACGAAACAGAAGGCAAGGCCCUCAUCAUUUUCCACGUACGCAUACGAGGAGGAAGAGCAGGGAGAGAGGGAGAGUCAGAGACGGUUAGGAGAGGUGUGUGCCAUGGAGCAGCCAGCCUCAUCCCCAUCCACUCGCCGCCGCAGCGAGAGCUCUGUCAAAGAGUCUCUUUUCUUUCCUGUUUUGGAACGCAACGAACAGGAGCGACUGGAGGCCCUGAUGCGACGUUCUAUCGAGCGGAACCUGCAGGCGGACCAGAGGCCCAAACGCUGGACCUGGGGCGGACCUCCAGGAUUCUGUGAGGUCCAAGAUUUUAUGAUUCCACCCGAGUCCCCAGACUCUGUCCUGAGCAGGCAUCUCUCCUCCUCCUCCACUACUUUAACCAAUGUGUCAGAGAAAGCCUCCUCCAGCCCUCACAGGUCUCCUUACAGGGCUUCACCCAUUAGAGCCGAGCGGAAGAAGGUUAGCACAUCGUCCUACGGACAGCUGGAUGACUUAAAAGCAGCCACAAUCCCAAAAAGCCCUCAGGUUGAGAGACCUGAAAAGAGCAUCACUCAAACGUUAGCUGACUCAUCUACAAAAAAACCUGAGUCUCCAACAACACCCACCCGAAGUUCUUCUACAAACAAGAACCCCAGCACACCGAAAAGAUCCAAGUCCUGUAAGAGCCGCAUCCAGUCCCCAGCCUCCCCGGGUCAAUACCCCCCUUCCCCACUGAGGCAUAGAGCCAUAACGCCAAGUUUAGAAAACAAGAGGUGGGAGGGAGAGGAGAAAGGGUCCAUGGAGAUUAAAGGCUGCAGCACUCUAGAUAGAAAGACCUCCAAAGCAGAAAAAAUCUCAAAAUCUACAAGCAAGGAAUUUGGACAUAAUGCUGAGUCUCCAGUAACUCCCACUGGGAAAGCAGGUACCAAUGAUGCAGAGGAGGCCUCCAGGCUGCUAGCGGAAAGACGACGCUUGGCAAGAGUACAGAAGGAGCAGGAAGAAAAGCAACGCCUAGAAGAUGAAAGGCUCAGGGCUGAGGAGCUCCAGAGGCAGCAGGAAGAGGAGAGACAGCGGCAGGAACAGGCAGCUCGAGAGGCAGAGGAGAAAAGACAGAGACAGGAGGAAGAGCGCUGUCAAAGAGAACUGGAAGACAGGCAACAAAAGGAACAACGCUGGAAGGAGCUCCAGGAUGAUCUGGAGAGACAGAGGGAGGAAGCAGUGCAGCGCGUUCAUAGAGAGGCUGAACGGAAGAGACAGGAGCGAGAGCUUCUGAAAAUUCAAGAGGAGCAGGAAAGACUUCAAAGGAAGAAGCGCAUUGAGGAGAUUAUGAAAAGGACAAGGAAACCGGAUGGGGAAAAGAAAGAAGAGGUGCAGAUGGAAGUCCCAUCCCCAAUUUCUGUUUCCCAGUCCAUCUCACUGUCUGCUUUGGAAACUGAAGGUAACACAGCAAUUAUUAGUCCACCAAAGGUAAAAUCUGAGUCCCCAAUCAUAUGUCUUGAGCCACUGGAAGCAAAGAGCUGCGGGGUAGAUGAUCUCUCAGAUGGGGUUCAGUCCAUGGAUGUCAGUCCAGUGUCCAGAGACGAUCUCGUUUCAGAAUAUUCCCCCAUCAGCGAGAUCUCACAGAACAGCAUGACUUCUGUGGCUUUGGGCGAUAUCCACGUUCUGACAGGACAGGUGUCACAUCCCAAAGUGUCUGCUGCUCCAGCUUUUGGUGACUGCAACAAGAACCUGAUCCAGGAUUGCAGUAGCGCUGCUAUUGACUCGUCACUUUUCCAGAGUCUUAGACCCACCUCAGACAAGCUCAACAUCUAAUGCAAAGACACUAUUGAAGCAUGGGUCUGGAGUGAACUAAUGAAUUGGAGUUGAGCUGAAAGAUGAGACCAGGCCUUUGUGCCUCAGCAGCUUCCUGAAUAUCCUCUAAACAGAAGAACAAGGACUUAACGUCAAAUAAUGUGUUAAUAGCAAAGAAGGGACAACCUGACAGUUGAUUCCCCCACACAUAAAAUAAGGUUCACCUGAUCCUCAUGUAUAUUAUAUUUCACAUCAUUUCAGCUAAGUAUCACCAAACAACGCAACUGUAUUAGGGCAGUCCUAGUGAUCUUCUUAUUCUUGUUAUACACCUGUAGCUUUGAAGAGUGAUGCAUCGUGACAAUUGUAGCAGCUCCAUUGUGUAAUUUGUUUUAUUUUGGAUUGCAUAAAUGACCAGCAAACCGAGCAGUUAUGUGCUGCUUCUGCUAAUUGUGCUGUACUGUAUGGCUGGGGUUUGCAAACAGUAUAUUGUGUAAAUCCAUGACUUCUCCGCAUCGUCUCUGCAAUCCAAGCUUUGUAGUCUGAAAGUGGAUAUGAAUAGAUGUAAAGUGUGAUAUUAUUCCACCAUAACACUGUUAAACUGGCAUUAAUGUAUUAUUAGUCAACAGCAGUUAGACGUUAUGGGGACAUAUACAGAAAAAAAGUGUACUUCUAAUGCAAUUUAUUGUGUAAAAGUUUAAAAAGGGAAUUAAAAGUGCACAGUUUCAUUGUGAUAAA